AUGGGAGACCACCGUCAUAUGCCGGUGCAGACCAGCGCUGUAUAUGUUCUUGGCGCACCACAUUGCGACUCAAUGCCGCCCCCAUCGCCUCCCUCGCCACCCGUAUCACCACCGGAAGAAGAGUUCUAUGGAGAGUUGGAAGAACUCAGCUUAGGAUCUCCCGACGAUAUUCCCGAGAAGGACGAGAGUUGUGCAAAAGUGCAAGACAGGUUGCACGCAGCAACGCAUGUCCUCAAGACAGAGGCCGCAGCACUACGCUCAGUCGCGGCAUUAUAUGAGACAGAUCCAGUCGCCCGGGAUGGCUUCAACCGUACAGUCGCGGCAAUCACGCGCCACAAGGGCGAGAAGGGCAAGCUCAUUAUUACGGGUGUUGGCAAGUCCGGACACAUCGCCAACAAGCUGGUGGCGACUUUCAACAGCCUCUCCAUCACCUCAGUCUUUUUGAACCCCAUUGAUGCUUUGCACGGCGACUUGGGUAUCAUCCAACGACAUGAUAUCCUCAUGUUCAUCACGUUUUCUGGCAAGACGUCAGAGCUUUUCGGUCUCUUGCCUCACCUCGACAAACCUUCUUCAUUAAUCAUUCUCACGGGUCACACACGGCCAGACACGUGCGAGCUCAUCAAGUUACGGCCAGAUACCAUUCUUCUGCCCGCUCCGGUCCAUGAGAGCGAGACCGCAUCGUUUGGGGUUUCAGCGCCGACGACGUCGACGACGGUUGCUCUGGCGGUUGGCGAUGCCCUCGCCAUCGCCGCGGCACAGGAACUCCAUUCCAGCGUCUCGCAGGUGUUCUCUAAGAACCAUCCCGGAGGUGCCAUUGGCGCCUCUUUCAGGAAACCACAGACGAUCUUGGAUCUGGCGGUACCCUGGACCGAUAUACCCGACUCGGGCGCCCUAUGUACGGGAAGCGUCGGGGCGGACCUCUUCCGGGCAGCGUAUGACUCGGCCUCGGGCUGGGUUCGCGUUGGCGAUAACGUGGCGUCCCCGAGCCGGAUCAGGAAACUGGCCACGGAGGACUUCACGCGGAGUCUGCGGGAGAUUUCCGGGCUAAUGGUGCCGCGAGCUGAGAUGUUGUCCAUCUCUGCAGGCACAACAAUACGGCGAGCGGUUGAAUUCGUGAAGAGCAUGCAGGAGGCAGCAGAUGACGAUGAGUACAUUUGCGACUCUGAUUCUAUCGUGGCUGUUCUCGAUCAGGGCGACAUGGUAGGCGUUUUGGAGGUCGGGAAGCUCCUCGAGUGGCGGGAUUAA